AUGGAAAAAGACAAUGUAUCAUCAAGCAAACCUGAAAGCAGCGAGAAGAGGAGGAUGCCACCAGGGUUAUUAGGAACGAUUGCAGAACAUGCAGAUUGGGUAGAUAUUGUUUUAAUGACUUUGGGGACAGCAGGGUGCAUUGCAAAUGGAUUAAGUAUGUCGUUGAUCAUGUUAGUCCUCAGUCGAAUGACGAAUAGCUAUGCAUCUAUGGCUUCCAUAAACCCUGCUGAUAUAAAUCAGUAUGCACUCACCUACAUGUAUGUUGCUAUUGUUGUGGGUUCAGGAGCAUUUAUAGAAGGGUUCUGUUGGGGACAUACUGCAGAAAGGCAAUCAUCACGGAUGCGCAUUAAAUAUUUAAAAGCAGUUCUACGGCAAGAAAUUGGUUACUUCGAUAAUACUCUUGAAGCAUCCCGUGUAGUCACAAAUAUCUCAACUGAUAUCUCAAUAAACAUUCAAGGAGUUCUUAGUGAAAAGAUUCCGGACUUCAUUGCGAAUCUAUGGAUGUUCGCAACAGCUGAAUUAACUGCUAUGUACCUCUGUUGGAGAUUAGCUAUUGUGGCCCUCCCUGCUAUGUUUGUGCUGAUUCUUCCAGGAGUAGUCUACGGAACUCUUUUAGCCAAAAACGAAGAGAAGCUACAGGAAGCUUAUGCAGUUGCUGGAGGGAUAGCAGAGCAGGCCUUUUCUUCAAUUAAGACAGUUCAUUCAUAUGCAGGAGAGGAAAGGAUGGUGAAUCGGUUUUCAACUGCAUUAGGACCGACCCUAACCCUUGGGAUUAAACAAGGUCUAUUGAAGGGAAUGGCUUUCGGUAGCAUUGGAAUCAUAUUUGCUAUUUUUGCACUUAUGAGUUGGUAUGGGAGCAUCUUGGUCAUUGAAAAGGGAAUCAAAGGUGGAGAUAUUCUCAGUGCUGGUGUAUGCAUUGUCUAUGGAGGAUUUGGUCUUGGAGCUUCAUUGAUGAAUAUAAAGCAUUUUGCUGAAGCCAAGAUUUCAGCAGCUCUUGUUAGCAAAAUGAUAGACAGGGUUCCAAGCAUAGACUCAACAGAUGAGCAAGGUGAAACCAUAUCUGCGGUUAAAGGUGAGUUGGAGUUCAGAGAUAUUGACUUUGCAUACCCAUCAAGACCAGAAAGCUUGGUUCUAAAAAAAUUCAACCUCAAGCUGAAGGCCUACCAAACUGUUGGAUUGGUUGGUCACAGUGGCUCCGGUAAGUCAACAGUGAUCAAUCUGCUAGAAAGAUUCUAUGAUCCCACUGAGGGGGGGAUAUUACUUGAUGGAAUUAGCAUAAAGUCGCUCCAGUUAAAGUGGUUACGUAGUCAGCUAGGUUUAGUAAGCCAGGAGCCUAUACUUUUUGCAACCUCGAUCAAGGAGAAUAUUAUAUUCGGCAAAGAGGGUGCGACAGACGAGGAGAUCGUUGAAGCAGCUAAAAAAUCCAACGCACACAACUUCAUCACACAACUACCUAAUGGGUACAAUACACUGGUCGGAGAAUUGGGAACUCAGAUGUCAGGAGGGCAGAAGCAACGGAUUUCCAUUGCAAGGGCACUGCUUAGAGAACCGAAAAUCUUGCUUCUGGAUGAAGCCACUAGUUCUCUGGACUCACAUUCUGAGAAGGCAGUACAGGAAGCUUUGACUCAUGCCUCAGUUGGAAGAACAACAAUAGUCAUUGCACAUUGUUUAUAUGCUAUCCGCCAUGCAGACUUAAUUGUUGUUAUUAAAUCAGGGGAAGUAAUAGAGUCUGGUUCACAUGACGAACUAACUCGUAAUACUUGUGGAUCAUACUCGAUCAUGGUGUCGCAACUGAAGACAAUGGUCGUGGAUGGUAAAACUCAACCACCAUCUGAAGGAAUUGGAGUGAAAAUCCUAGAAUCUCCAGGUAGAGAUGCUACAACUAUGGCAGAAGAAACAAUAAACGGACAAAAACUAACUGGAUCCCAUCUCAAAGAAGUGAAGAACCAACAGUCAGAUGAAGAAUACAUACGUCCAUCCUGGUGGCACCUGAUGCAGAUGACUGCACCUGAAUGGAAGUCAACUCUAAUGGGCAGCAUUGGUGCUCUUAUUAGUGGAUCGGUUCAACCAUUGAUUGCUCUCUUUCAAGCAGCAAUGCUAUCUAUAUUUUUUCUCAAAGAUCAUGAUGAAAUCAGGUCUCAAACAAGAACAUUAUGUUAUGCAUUCAUAGCCAUAUCUGCCUCUGCUAUCAUUGCCAGUGUGAUUCAGCAUUACUUUUUUGGAGUGAUGGGAGAAACUUUAACAAAGAAGAUCAGAUUAGCAAUGUUUGAAAGGAUCAUGAGUUUUGAGAUUGAGUGGUUUGAUCAAGAAAACAACAGUACUGGAGCCCUCUGUUCAAGACUUUCUACGGAUACACUAAUGGUAAGGAAUCUUGUGGCGGACCGAUUGGCAUUCUUCGCCCAGUCAAUCUCAGCCUCUAUUUUAGCAAUCACUUGGGGAUUGUUAUUGUCUUGGAGACUAGCUCUUGUAGCUAUCUCUUUGCAACUAUUCAUCGUUGGCAGUUUCUACUUGAAAUUAGUGAUGACAAGGAACAUGUCCAAGAAAAUACUGCAUGCACAGAACAAGAGCAGUGGAAUAGCAAGUGAGGCUGUUGGUAAUCACAGAAUUAUAACUGCAUAUUACUCCCAAGAGCAGGUUAUGAGAUUAUAUGAAGAUACACAGAAAGGCCCCAAGAAAGAGAGCCAAAAGCAACCUUUGUAUGCAGGGAUGGCUUUGUUCACUCGACAAUUCCUAACGACCACUAAUAUAGCUGUGCUUUACUGGUAUGGAGGGAAGCUCUUGUACCAGGGUGAUAUCACAUACAAGCACAUGUUCCAAACAUUCUACAUUGUGGUAACAGCAGGGAUACUAAUCGCUGAGGCAGGGAGCAUGACUGAGGAUUUGUCUGUGGGAACAAAUGCCUUAAAAUCGAUCUUUACAAUUUUAAAAAGAGAUGGCAAGAUGGACCCAUUAAAGCAUGAUGCUCUUAACCCAACAAGGAUAAAUGGGCAGAUACAACUAAGAGAGGUGGACUUUGUUUACCUGACGAGACCAACAAAGAUGGUCCUUAACGGUUUGAGCUUGAAGAUCGAAGCUGGAGAAGUUGCAGCUCUUGUUGGAACAAGUGGAUCUGGAAAAUCAACAAUUAUUGGAAUGAUUCAGAGAUUCUAUGACCCGACAAAGGGUUCUGUGGAAGUGGACGGAAUUGACAUCAAAUGUUACAACCUCAAAGCAUUACGGUCAUUUAUUGCAUGGGUGGGCCAGGAGCCCACCCUAUUUGCAGGUACAGUAAAAGAAAAUAUUGCAUAUGGGAAAGAGAAUGCAACAGAAGCUGAGAUGAUUCAAGCAGCAAGCCUUGCCAAUAUCCAUGAAUUUAUAAGUUCCAUGAAAGAUGGGUACGAUACAGUUUGUGGAGAAAGAGGCAUGCAGUUAUCAGGCGGGCAGAAGCAAAGGAUUGCGAUUGCCCGAGCAAUCCUGAAAAAUCCAGCCAUCUUACUGUUGGAUGAGGCAACAAGUGCAUUAGAUGUUAGAUCAGAGACUAUUGUCCAAGAUGCUAUAGAGAAAACCAUGGUUGGUAGGACAUGUGUGAUCAUAGCUCAUCGGUUAUCUACGAUACAAAGAUCAAAUAAAAUAGUGGUGAUGGACAAUGGCAGUGUUGUAGAAGAGGGUUCUCAUCAUGAUCUGCUAGCCAAAGGAGAAAAGGGUGCAUACUUUUCACUUUUCAGUCUCCAACAGCAAUCUUUUGCAAGUAACAAAGAAAACCCAUGCUCAUGA